UUACACGUUUAUAUAGCUUCGUUAGAAAUGAGUUGUCACAGUUGCCGCUAGAAACUUUGAAACUUAAAUUGGAUAAAGUAAAUAGUGCAUUUCUGGAGUACGAAUCCCUCAGCAAAGAAAUCUUGUGCAUAGAUCACGAAGAUUCUGAGGAUUUCGCAAGUGUAGAAGACCAGUUUUAUACGAUUGCCACCAUUUUAAACAAAGAGAUAAAUUCACGGUCACCACCUCAGAUUCCAGCGGCAACUGUACCUUCAACUCCAGCUACAAGUGCAAUAAAGUUACCUCCUAUAGAUAUACAAACUUUGACAGGUAAAUUCAUAGAUUAUGUACCAUUUAUAAACAUAUUCAUGUCACUAAUUGACAACAACAAUAGUCUAGAUAACAUCCAAAAACUGUAUUAUCUCAGAUCAUUUGUGAGAGAAGAGCCUUUUGAUCUCAUCAAGAACCUGCCAUUGGUAGGUGAAAGCUAUCAGGAAGCUCUUAAACUCCUUAAAAAUAGAUAUGAAAAUAAGAACAGAAUUGUCAAUGAACAUAUAUGCAACCUUCUAGAUUUGAGGACCGUAGGAAAAUCAAUAGCAGGCAACUUAAGAGAGUUUGUAUCAGCUAUUAGGCAACAAGUAGCCGCCAUAAAAAAUCACAAUCCAAACAUCAUAUACUGGGAUCACAUACUAACAUGUAUAAUUCUGCGCAAAUUAGAUGGUUAUACGUCUCGGGCAUAUCAACUCGAGCGGGACCUGGACGCCGAACCCAGCCUGGAGGAUUUACUCUGCUAUCUGGACAAAAGGGCUCUGGCGCUGGAGGGCACCGACCAGGGUCUUCACCAACAACAACCCCAAGCAAGAUACGGGAAGGUAGCAGCACACGCAGCCGCAGCUGACAAGCCGCCAACCUGCUUAAAUUGUGCUACUGCCGGAGAAGAGCAGUGUGACUCCUGCCAACAACAGCGGGAAGCAGUCGCCAGCUCAGAAUGAUCUGCACAUCUUUAACACACACUUCGGCCACAUCAUCGGAGGGAGUCUGCCGACAGGUUCCAUUAAGGGUCAAAUAUUAUGUAAUAAGGUAGUGCUAAAAUGUGAAAUGGAUCUCAAUGAAACACUAGGCCAAUUUUGGACAAAUGAAAAAGUACCUGAAAUAUUUUCAGAGAAGUCUCCAGAACAUGAGCUCUGUGAGCAAAUAUUCCAAAAUUCAGUAGAACUCAAAGAUAAACAGUUUCAAGUUCCAUUGCCCUUGAAAUUACCUCUGUCUGAAGUAAAAGAGACACUAGGUGAUUCAUUUAAUUUGGCUCUGAAAAGAUUUCAUAACUUAGAAAAGAAAUUAAUGGCAAACCCAGAGCUAUUCAUGCAAUAUAAACAAUUCAUACAUGAAUUUUUAUCUCUUGGUCAUGGUCACUAUGUCGACAUUGAGAUGUAUGACAUCAAUAAACAGGCAGCUUACUACAUGCCUCACCAUGCAAUAAUUAAGCCAGAGAGUAAAACAACAAAAGUACGCUCGGUGUUUGAUGCGAGCAUGAAAACAAACAAAAAAGUAUCAUUGAAUGACUUACAGUUGAAUGGUCCUGUGGUUCAGAGAGAUCUAUUUGAUAUUAUGCUGUUGUUCAGAUUAGGUAGGUAUACCAUUACCUCAGACAUCAAGCGCAUGUUCAGGAACAUCCUGGUAGAUCCAGCGUUCACAUCGCUGCAAAACAUUCUCUGGAGGGACGAUCCCAGUCAACCAAUAAAAUGCAUUAGACUAGAUAGAGUAACCUAUGGUCUCAAGAGUUCGAGUUAUUUAGCUACUAGAUGUUUAAUAGAACUAGCUAACAGGUAUGAGAAUGAAUAUCCCUUAGCUGCAUUCAUACUAAGGAACAACACUUAUGUCGACGACGUGUUGUAUUCUCACAAUGAUUUAGCCACAGUACGUGAAGCUAAACAACAAUUAUGCUCAUUAUUGAGUUUAGGCAGUUUUAACACUCAUAAGUGGUCCUCCAACAACGAGUUGGUUUUGUCAGACAUACCAUUGGAGGAUCAACACUUUGACAGUAUUGAUUUGCAAAAAGACAACUACAAUAUGAAAACCCUAGGUCUUCAGAUUAAUACUAAAGAGGAUAAUUUUAUCAUAACUUCACCAGGAACGUUCGAUACAAAUCUACUCACAAAAAGAAGCAUACUUAGUUAUAUAGGUAGGUGCUACGAUCCGAUCGGUUUCAUCAAUCCGAUAAUAGUAGUAGCAAAAUCAAUAAUGCAGAAGUUAUGGAUCAACAACACAGAUUGGAAUUCAUGCCCUCCAACUGAUGUAGAAAGGGAAUGGAUCCAAUUCACCGAAGACUUAAGAGUCAUGGAACCAAUUCAAAUCAAUAGAAAUGUAAGGUUUUCAGACGAAGACACAGUGGAGUUGAUCGGGUUUGCAGAUGCAUCCAGUUCCACGGCACACGGUUGUUGCAUCUACCUGCGAGUAACCACCCCAAC